AUGUUGGUUCAGGGCGAAUACUUGAUUAAACGCGGCAAGAACUACAAAAAGAACCUCCGCCACAAUCGCGCCUGCAAGCGCAAAGCUCUCAAGCAGCGCACACCGCACGUGGAAAUCGCCUACAAACCGUACAUAUGUCGCACCCUGCGUAAGACGCCGCGUAAAGCCCUCCGCAAAGCCACUGAUGCGAAGUACAUCCACCCGUGGAUACGCCACAACACUGCUUACCGGCUUCAAGAGUGCGUUCCCCCUACCGCAUCUCUGCUCGGCUUGCCCAGGGAGAUUAGGCAGAGUAUUUUGCACUUGUGCUCCUCAUUUGAUGAGGACGUUGAGAAAACUCUUUCGAGGAAGUCAAAGCACGAAGCCACGUGGAGGACGCUGUGUACAAGGAUUGGGGAGCUGUGCUGUGUGACUCCGGUACUGAGGAUGGAUAUGGAAUAUGUGGGGGCUCAGUGGAAGAAACAGCUGAUGGAAGAGGAUAAGGUGAGGGAGGACCAACUUGCGGUCCAGCGGUCUCGUCUGCAUCCUGCCGUGCGUGCAUUUUUGAACAGGUCCACGGCGCCGACGGGUGUGGUCGAGGUGAAGCGCGGGAGGAAGGAAUCGAAGAGCAGACCGCCAAAAUGCUGGUGUUGCGAAGGGAGGCACCCGACAGGAGGCAAAGAAAGAAGCAGGGUGUUCUGGGAGGAAGGUGGUAACGAGAAGCGGAAGAUCUUGUUCGACGACUAA